GGUGGAAGGUCCUCCUAGCCGGUUGAGCUGGUUCCUUUCAGCCACUGUGCUGGGUUACCUGGUCGUCAUGGAGGCAGGCUUGACUGAGGAGCUUGAUGAGGAGGAGCAGCUGGUGAGAAGGCAUCGCAAAGAGAAGAAGGAGUUGCAAGCCAAAAUUCAGGGUAUGAAGAAUGCUGUCCCCAAGAAUGACAAAAAGAGGAGGAAGCAGCUUACUGAAGAUGUUGCUAAGUUAGAAGCAGAAAUGGAACAGAAACAUAAAGAGGAGCUGGAGCAGUUGAAGCUGACUUCUAAGGAGAGUAAAAUAGAUUCUGUUGCUGUCAAUAUUUCAAACUUGGUUCUUGAGAAUCAGCCGUUUCGGAUAUCAAAAGCACAAAAGAGACGGGACAAAAAAGCUGCACUGGAAAAGGAGCGGGAAGAAAGAAUAGCUGAAGCUGAAAUUGAAAACUUAACUGGAGCUAGACAUGUAGAAAGUGAAAAACUUGCUCAAAUAUUGGCAGCUAGACACUUGGAAAUUAAACAGAUUCCAUCUGAUGGCCACUGUAUGUAUAGAGCCAUUGAAGAUCAACUGAAAGAACAGGACUACAGUCUGACUGUGGCUGCUUUAAGAUGUCAGACUGCUGACUAUAUGCAAAGCCACGUGGAAGACUUUCUGCCAUUUUUAACAAAUCCUAAUACAGGAGAUAUGUAUACUUCAGAAGAGUUUGGAAAGUACUGUGAUGAUAUCAUAAACACCGCUGCAUGGGGAGGUCAGCUUGAGCUAAGAGCCCUGUCUCACAUUUUACGAACACCAAUAGAGAUAAUACAGGCAGAUUCUCCUCCUCUUGUAGUUGGUGAAGAAUAUCCAAAAAGCCCAUUAAUACUUGUUUACAUGAGACAUGCAUAUGGCUUAGGAGAACACUACAAUUCUGUUAAACGGUUGGUGAACACAGCUAGUGAAAAUUGCAGCUAGUCUAUAAAAUGUUGCUGUUAUGUUUUAGUACAGUGUGCUGAUCUGAGUAUUAAUACCAAGUGUUGGAUUGUUCUAAAUGUUUCUGAAAAAAAACAACUACCUUAAAUCAGUUUUAUGGCAAAGCUACUAACAGUUUUUAAAAAAAUGUGUCAAAGAUAAACUUUCACCAAUGUCCCCUUAGUGGUGUUUUAAAAACAUUUGUAAGUCACUUGUGGAGAACAUCAUUUAUAGACCAAGAUGGUACCGUUUGCUGAUAUUUUUAUUAAAUAUAGGAUCCUGAACAUUCUGUUCUGUGUUGAAAUAGUUAAAAAAAUUUUUUUCUCCCUAUUACUGAAAGCUUUUGGUAACCGUGUCAGUGUAAUUUUUCUUGAAGAAGUGAAAUGACUCAGUCUCUUUGACAUUACAGUAAUGUGGUGAUGGUGAUACAAAAUAUAAUGAAUGUUUAUAAAUGAACGUGAUUGCAGUAACUUUGGUGUUGAUGGGAUUAAUGCUCUGACGCUUUUUAUAUAACCCCAUCAAAGUGCAGCUAAGAAGCUUGCUUUAAUAAAGAAUUUAAAAAUAUUUAUUCAGAUGGGAAUCAGUUGUUAUGUUUUAAGAAAUGAGACAAAUUCAUAGGUAAAUAUGUUUCCAAUCAGAUUUAAACCUCUAAAGAAGUACAGAUGUCUUUUAUUUGUAUAUAACUUAAAAAGACUCAGCAGAUUAUUGCCUUUCUAAUUCAUUUGCUAUUCCUUUCUGUUUCUUAACUUCAGAAUGGUUGUACCAUCAUUUCUUGAUUAUCUUCUGAACUAUAAAUUUUUAUAUUCUUUGUUGUGUUUUCUCCAUCAUUACUCAGCUGCUUUGCUUUCCUUGUAGUCUUUUCCACUAAGAAAUAGUUUUUAGUCUCUCUUAUUCUUUAACUUGUGAAAAUUGAAGGAGUAGCAAUAUAAAAGGGUCCAAGGCCAAAUUUACUACAAAUUCUUCCUCUUUUACAAUUUGUCUUACAAUAUCUCUCCCUUUGCUUCAUUCUCUAGGAUUAGAGAAUGCCUUUGUUAACUUGUUAUUUUGUUAGCCUUAUUAAUGUCACCUUUCCUCAAAUAUUUGAGAAUAUUUGUCUCAAGUAUUUGGGCAUUUUUUAUGUGGCUGAAAGCCACUGUUGAGCCAAGACUGUAUAAUAAAAUCAGUACAAUACUUUUCAGUUGAAUGAUUUGUCUAGCUCAGAUUUUAGAUUACUUGUAACAAUAUUCUAAGAAGAUAGUACCCAUAUGUACAAAUGUGUCUGAUAAUUUGUUAUGUAAGGGGGUAUUAUAAAAAUGAGACCUUUCUGGUUUGUUCUGUUUUUCUCAAAUAAGAAAAUAACUAGUAAGGUUUUGCAUCAAGUUUAUAAAAUUUGAAUUUUUUUCUUCAUGAAUGCAACUAAUUUUUAUAAGUAAAUAUUGGGUUUUAUAAUAUUAAAAACAGGGUAUCAGUAUCACAUGUCCAGCAGGUGACUGUGUGGGAACAUGGCAGGAGCUGUUGUGGUCAUCUAGAGCAAAUAAGUACUACAUGAAGGUAUUCAACUGCCAAAGAUUACAACCAUUCUGCUUUCCAAACAAAAUAUAUUCUGAAGGCUGCUUGCUUUGUAAUCCUUGAUCUGAAUUUUUUUGGGGGUCUGAAAUUUAUAAAAGAAUGAAAUUGUAAGAUACUAAGUAGCUUGGCUUUAUUUUGAAGUGAUCUGUUACUUUAAAAGAGAAGCAUUAAGAAGUAAUAAAACAAGAUACAAAGAAAUCUAGUUAUUAUAAAUUCCAUCUAUAUUUAAAGUAUUCUAAAAUAACUUAUUGGUAGCUAUUUUUUUUCUAACAGGAUGAGCAGAAUUUUCUUGAUUGUAGAUAUAUUUUUAAAUUUUUAUUAUUUUUUAUUUUUUAAAUGGCCAAUAUGGUAAUGAACAGGAUUUGUAUGGUCAGCUUCUCUUCUUUCUUAAAACUUGAGAUAAAAAUUAUUUUACCUGUAACCUCAAUACUAAAAUUAAAGUCUUUUAAAAAUGGCAGAUGUUAACUUAAUAGCAGCAUAUACUAAUUUAAUUUGCUGUAUGAUGCUGCUCUCUUAGGGAAGUUUGAUAAGCUUUCUUUUGUCCUAACUCAGAAAAGUAUAUGUUAGAGUUCUGGAAUAUGUCUUUAGCCAAGAACUUUAUCCACUUAAAUAUGUUUUUUAACUUAUAUAAAGCAAAAAAGAAUGUGUGUAACUAUAGUGAGCAAUAAAAUUUUGUUCAUAUUAUCUGAUGUUUGCUAAAA